AAUGCCUCCGGACUACCUGGCCUGAUGACUCCAUGCUGUCCUCAAUUCACAUGGUCGUGCUGCUGUUCCAGUUUCAACUGAACUCUGACCUGGUCACCGGAAGUGCUCCCUUGUCUCGGACCUGCUGUUUUUGACUCUCUCACUCUACCACACCUGCUGUCUCUUAACGUUUGAACAUCUUGGCCAUGUACUAUUAUAAUCUCCACCUGGCACAGCCAGAAGAGGACUGACCUCUCCUCAGAGCCUGGUUCCUCUCCAGGUUUCGUUCUAGGUUCCAGUGUAGAGCCAGCGUGCCAAGAGGACUAGCCUGUAGAGGAAAUACUGUGUAGAGCCAGCGUGCCAAGAGGACUAGACUGUAGAGGAAACACUGUGUAGAGCCAGCGUGACAAGAGGACUAGACUGUAGAGGAAACACUGUGUAGAGCCAGUGUGACAAGAGGACUAGACUGUCUGGGAAAUACUGUGUAGAGCCAGCGUGCCAAGAGGACUAGACUGUAGAGGAAAUACUGUGUAGAGCCAGCGUGCCAAGAGGACUAGACUGUAGAGGAAAUACUGUGUAGAGCCAGCGUGCCAAGAGGACUAGACUGUCUGGGAAAUACUGUGUAGAGCCAGUGUGCCUAGAGGACUAGACUGCAGAGGAAAUAUAAGAGCCAGCGUGCCAAGAGAACUAGACAGUAGCGGAAAUAUAAGAGAGCCAGGUGGUUAUAGUGUGCCUAAUGUAUGUUUAUGCCUAUAUAAACCAUUACAGUCUACUUAGGGCUUACGCUGGUGCAUGCAGUCUCUAUAUCUGAAAGAAGCAGGACCUGACUGAGUGAGCAGAGCAGCUUCUAACCCCUCCCUCCCUGGCAUGGCCAUACCCACAGUGUGGCCCCCAGAGGAAUCCCCACAGAGGUACGGUGGGUAUUUAACCCAGAGAAGAUAUGUAUCCUGACCUAUAUGGGUCUGUGUGGCGCUGUAUUACUCCAUACCUUCUACACAUCAGGGGAAUGAGGCUCUCUCCGGCUCCUGCUCUGGAUCCAAGUCUGGCUGGUAGUCUGGUUCUACUACAUCUAGCUGUGGUGGCUGGUGGGCUUGCCUUGCUCUCGUCUGCCUCUGUCUCUGCCUCUGGGCUGGAGUCUAUCAGAUGCAGGCUCCAAGGCACCCCUCGUCCUCCAGCGUUCUCCCAGGACGGGGACUUUGUCAUCGGGGGUGUUUUCUCCAUCCAUUACUAUAUGCACACUGUGGAUCACAGCUACACCAGCCUGCCUGAGCCCCUGCAGUGCACAGGGAGUAUGGAUUCCCGUGAGUUACGCUUCUCGCGUGCCAUGAUCUUCGCAGUUGAGGAGAUAAACAACAGUUCUUACCUUCUACCGGGUAUCAUGCUUGGUUAUCAAGUGCACGACUCCUGCGCCUCGGUCCCUAUAGCCGUGAAAGUGGCCUUCCAGCUGGCUAACGGCCUGGACCCCAUGUUUGAUACCGGAGAACAGUGCUCAGGGUCUGCUACAGUGACAGCUAUUGUGGGCGAGUCUGCCUCCACACCAACCAUCAGCAUGUUGCGCGUCAUCGGCCCUUUCGGCAUUCCUCAGGUGAGCCACUCUUCCACCUGUGCGUGUCUGAGUGAUAAGAAACAGUAUCCAACCUUCUUCAGAACCAUCCCCAGUGAUCAGUUCCAGGCUGCCGCUCUGGCAAACCUCAUCAGGCACUUCGGCUGGACCUGGAUUGGGGCGGUCCGUUCCGACUCUGACUACGGUAAUAACGGGAUGGCUGCUUUCCUACAGGCAGCACAAGAGGAAGGCAUCUGUGUAGAGUAUUCUGAAGCCUUCUCCCGUACCAGCCCACUCAGCAGAGUGCAACGGGUGGCCGACGUGAUCCGCAGCUCAACAGCCCGGGUGGUGGUUGCAUUCGUAUCUUCUGGGGACAUGAGAAUCCUGCUGAGGGAGAUGGAACGCCUGCCCUCUCCACCCCGCCAGUGGAUCGGGAGCGAGACCUGGGUCACUGACCCAGAUAUGCUGCGUUUCGGUUUGUGUGCCGGGGCCAUUGGAUUUGGCAUCCAACGCUCUGUCAUCCCCGGCCUCAGGGACUUCCUCCUGGACCUCUCCCCACAGAAGGUGUCCAACUCUCCCACGCUCACUGAGUUCUGGGAGGGGGCCUUUGGCUGUCGGCUGGAGACAGGGACCUCUACAGGUGUUGGGGUUGAGGAGAAGGUGUGUGAUGGCAGUGAGGAUAUACAGCAGCUACAGGCCCCCUACACAGAUACAUCCCAGCUGCGUGUCACUAACAUGGUGUAUAAAGCUGUUUAUGCCAUAGCACACGCCAUCCACAGCAUCGUUUGUGAAGAGAGAGAAAACUCCACUGUGAACUGUGACAAAAACCUUAAUGUGAAGCCAACACAGGUCCUGGAGAGAUUGAGGAGGGUGAACUUCUCUCGUAACGGGUACCAGGUGUCUUUCGAUGCCAACGGGGACCCAGUGGCCACCUAUGAGCUGGUCAACUGGCAGAGACGGGAGAGUGGGAAGAUUGAGUUUGUGACAGUGGGGCGCUAUGAUGCGUCCCUGCCUCCUGACCAGAGGCUUGACAUGGAGAAGGAAAUCACCUGGGUAAAGAACAGUACACAAGUACCUGUGUCAGUGUGCAGUGAGAGCUGUCCCCCAGGCACUCGUAAGGCUAUACAGAAAGGAAAGCCUGUAUGCUGUUAUGACUGUAUCCAAUGUGCAGAGGGAGAGAUCAGUAAUAACACAGAUUCUUCAGACUGUCUGAUCUGUCCCGAGGAGUACUGGCCCAACGCUGAGAGAGACCUCUGUAUCCUUAAGCCUGUGGAGUUCCUGUCCUUCCACGAGGUCCUCGGAAUCAUCCUGACCGCCUGCUCUGUGGGUGGGGCUUGUCUGGCCAUCGCCACGUCAACCGUCUUCUACCACCACCGAACAUCGGCCAUCGUCAGGGCCAACAACUCUGAGCUGAGCUUCCUGCUGCUCUUCUCCUUGACUCUGUGUUUUCUCUGUUCUCUUACUUUCAUUGGCCGGCCCUCUGAGUGGUCCUGUAUGCUGCGUCACACAGCGUUUGGGAUCACCUUCGUCCUCUGCAUCUCUUGUGUUCUGGGGAAAACAAUAGUGGUGUUGAUGGCCUUCAGGGCUACACUUCCAGGCAGUAAUGUCAUGAAAUGGUUUGGUCCUCCACAGCAGAGGUUGACUGUAGUGUCCUUCACGUUUGUCCAGGCUUUGAUAUGCACUCUGUGGUUGGUCCUGUCCCCUCCCUUCCCCAUUAAAAACCUCACUACCUACAAGGAAAAGAUCAUUCUAGAGUGUGAUGUGGGUUCAGCUAUUGGUUUCUGGGCUGUGUUGGGCUAUAUAGGACUCCUGUCUCUCUUGUGCUUUGUGCUGGCUUUUCUGGCUCGGAAGCUACCUGAUAACUUCAAUGAGGCCAAAUUCAUCACCUUCAGCAUGCUCAUAUUCUGUGCAGUCUGGAUCACCUUUAUCCCAGCUUAUGUCAGCUCUCCAGGGAAGUUGACUGUAGCUGUGGAGAUCUUUGCCAUCAUCACCUCUAGCUUUGGGUUGUUCUUUCUAUUAUUUGUUCCUAAAUGCUUUAUUAUUCUGUUCAGGCCGGAGAAGAACACCAAGAAACACCUCAUGGAGAAGACAUCCAAUGAUAUACAUUAUUAAGAAAAUAUUGACGGGAACAGACACUGUAACGUUCAGUUAUAUGGUUUAUCAUACAGUUAGGUAGGACUACUCUGACAGAGAUUUAGCAGCUAAUCAUUGGUAACAUUGUAACUAGUAACAUGACACAGGUUCACUUUAGAUAUUCCAAUGUUAUGAGUGAUUGUUCAAAUCUAGAGUGUUAAAAUCUGAUUUGACCUGCUAAAUGAUGUGAUUAGCAGUAGCCUACAGAGUGGAACCACUUCCAUGUUGUUGGAGAAAAGCUUUAUUCCUAUAUGAAUUGAUAUAACAUUGAAGUGCAUGUGUUCAAUUGAUAUUGUAACUCAUCAUAUUAUGUAUUAUAAUAAUAUAAUAAACAUUUUCAGAUAC